CUUGUUUGCUUCUCUGAUAAAUCAAGAAGAAUGGCUCUUAGUGGCACCAUGGUUAAGCAAGUUACCAUCAUGUCAGAUGGUGAUGUGUUCCACGAAAUCUUUAGAUACAGACCACACCACAUAUCCGAAAUGAGCCCCGAUAACAUAAAAGGUGUAAAUCUACACGAAGGUGAAUGGGGCACCGUUGGAUCUGUUAUUGAAUGGGACUUUUUCCAUGAUGGGAAACCGAAAGUGGCAAAGGAGGUUAUCGAAGCAAUCGAUGAGGAGAAAAAGUCGGUGUGCUUCAAGGUAAUCGGGGGCGAUAUACUGGAGGCUUACAAAACCUUUUUGAUAACAGUUCAUGUGGACACACAUGGAGAAGAGAACGUGGUCACGUGGACCUUCCAUUAUGAGAAGGUGAAUGAGAGUAUUCCAGAUCCAGACAGUUUGAUGGAGUUUUGUCUCAAUGUCACUAAAGAUAUUGAGACCCAUCAUCUUCCAAAGUGCAACUGAAACUUAAAUGUGUGUGUGUUAUGUUGUUAUUUAUAAUCAAAGUUGCUGUAUGGUUGCAACCAGUUUAUGUGGAAUUUAUUCUCAUGUGUCUGUCUGUACUCUCUAAUGAUCACCUAUGAUCUAUCUUUGUAUUAUAUAUGAUGCAUAUGUUUGCAUGUUUAUUUUUGUUU